GUAUGUGUUAUUUUAAAACACCGGGGAAAAUAGCCUUUUCCUAUCUUUUCUAUCCAUAUCUGUGGUUAUUCUGCCAAGUUACCCUACCAAAUUUUAGCCAGAGGUGAAAAAAUCGGAACUAGGAAACAUUAAUUCUUCUUCUUUUCAAUAAAAGGUUCUUAAUAGAGGUUAUGUCGACAAUUUAAUACAUUUUAAUUAUUUUCUGUCAAAUUUGUCAAAUUAUGAAAAAUUCAUGUAGCCGAAAAAUAUUUAAAAAGGUAAAUUAAUGAGUGAAGGUGGCGAAGGUGGUGAAGAUAUCAAAAUAAAAACUGUUCCCCAAGAUGCCAGGUAUCCUAAUCAGAACUGCACAAAUUGGUGUAUGGAUGCCUUCAUUGAUUACCAAAAAUGCAAAAGACUACUAGGAGAGGAGCCUCAUGUUGCUCGAGUUGUGAAAAAUGAUCUAGAGGAAGUCGGUAUCGCUACCGUGGUAUGGCCAGCUCGGAGCCCGGAUUUAAAUUCGAUGGAAAAUCUUUGGGAUACUCGUGGGAGGAAAUUACAAGAGGAACGUAAUCUGAACUCUCUAGAAGAUAUACGGCAGAGACUGAUUUAA